CCCACACCCUCUCCAAAUUUUCAAAACCCCAAAAUGCUCUCCGUGUCGUUCCCCAUUCCCCACACCCCAAAAUCCCUUCUCGCUCGCCGCCGGCGAUGGAGGCGGCGGCGGCGGCAGCCAAGAAGCGGAGGUUUGGUCGGUCCACGGGCAAGGGAUCGCUGGGUAGUGACGGCCUCGACCACAUCAGCUGCCUCCCCGAAGCCAUCCUCGGUGAGAUCAUCUCCCUCCUCCCCACCAAGGACGCCGCCCGCACGCAGGCCGUCUCCCGCCGGUGGCGCCCGCUCUGGCGCUCCACGCCCCUCAACCUCGACGUCGACUCGCUUUCCACCCAGGAGCGCAAGCGCACCAUGUUCGUCUCCAGGAUCCUCGCCUCCCACCCUGGCCCCGCUCGCCGCUUGUCCCUCCCCUUCUUCCGCCUCCGCGACCGGUACGCCAAGCUGGACGGAUGGCUCCGCUCCCCCGCCCUCGCCGACCUCCAGGAGCUCGACUUCAGCUACGACAUCGAGGACGAGGAGGCGCUCUACCCGCUGCCGCCGUCCGCGCUGCGGUUCGCUCCCACCCUCCGCGUCGUCGAACUCCGCACAUGCCAUUUCCCCAACGGAAUGGCACCGGCGCUGCAUUUCCCACGCCUGGCGCGGCUCACGCUGUACCGCGUCACCAUCUCGGAGGACACCCUCCAUGGCUUGCUCUCACGCUGCUCUGCAUUGGAGAGCCUUUUGCUGGUGGGGAAUUUCGGCAUUCGUCGCCUUCGCAUCAACUCCCCAUUUCUCAGGAGCUUAGGCUUCUCUGCUUCUUCUUGGGAAGGAUAUCGUGAUGCCAACUUCCAGGAGGUGGUCAUCGAGGACGCUCCAUGCCUCGAGAGGCUGAUGCCACUUUAUCCCAAUCAUGGUCCGGCGACCAUUCGGGUGAUCGCGGCGCCUAAACUGGAGGUACUAGGUGUGCUCUCUGAUGGCAUAUCUCAACUCCACCUUGGAACAACAUUUUUUCAGAAAAUGAUUGCUGUCAACCUGACAACCUCGAUUCGAACGGUGAAGGUUUUGGUUCUUGAUUCAAAUGGCCCUAAUCUGGAUGUAGUUGUUGACUUCCUCAAAUGCUUCCCCUGCUUGGAGAGGCUGUAUGUUGUAUCUCGCCCACAUAAGGUUAUCAAGAAUAUAAGGAGCUAUGACCCACUACAUCCAAUAGAAUGCAUGGAGCUCCAUCUCAGAAAAGUGGUAAUAAGAUAUUAUGAAGGCAAGAGGCCAGAUGUUGACUUUGCCAAGUUCUUUGUUCUGAAUGCAAAAGUGCUAAGAGAAAUGGAUUUCUGUAGCCCUAGCAAUCGCAAUCUGAAAUGGCAGGAUAACCAACACAGGCGCCUUUCAUUGGAAAAUAAGGCUUCUCAAGUUGCUCAAUUUACAUUUAAAACUACCUCUAGGACUAGGAAUGAGUUGACUAGGAACAGGCAUACACAUGAAUUGUCAAUGUCUGAUCCUUUUGAUUUCUCUUCAUGUCUAUGCUCUUCAUGUCGAUUCUUCUUCCAGUUAUGAUGUGCUUACAGAUGUCUUAUAUCCUGUUCAAAUACUAGCAUAUUUUGUACCUGCUCUUAUUUGUAUCUUAAAGUUUCUUUGCAAAUAUUUAAUGUCGGACUGUGUUUGCAUGUUAUCAAAUUAUCGACUUACCUAUAUUUAAAGCUUCAACCUGGUAUGUUUCUACAACUAAUACAUUCCCUGACUAUGGAAGUCCUAUUUUCUCAUGUUUAUAUUAUUACCACCCUUGCAUUGUUCGUUACUUUUCGUCUACUGAAAUAAAUUAAAACCAUAUGUACCAUUAAGCUGUAUGUGGAAAAUAGUUUGGCGGAUAUAGAGUUGCUUGACCAUCAUUUUCAGAUGUACUUAAUGCACACAAAUCUAUUUGAAUUAUUCUAGUGUUAAUGUCAUUCAUGGAUGCUUUUCGGUUUUACAGAUUACCAACCUGAUUUCGUGUCUGAACUGAUUAAUAAGCAUAAGAUCAAAUAAAUGGUUAUUGAUGUAUUUAUAUUAUUUUGAUUUGAUGCUUACAGAAGGUCAAAAUACCUUAGAUGCUUGGAGAAGGUAAACCUGUAGUUUAAUCCAUCCUUGUUUAGACACCAUUUUAAGGCUUUCUAGAAUGAGGAAAACAUGGCACUACUUUCUUGCAAUCUGUGUUGUGAUGUAUUUGUAUGAUCGCCUGCACAAUGGGUGUUUGAUAUUUGACAAGUGACAACUAAGUUGGUGUAGUAUGGGAAUUAGUGUUAGUAUACAGUUUCGGAGUUAGAAAAGGCAGCACUAAUUUUUCCUUCUAGCUUUUAAAACAAUUUUCAUGUAAUAUGACUGAACAACAUUCUUGCAAUAUGACUAGUAAUACCAACUUCCUAGGGCCAGUUUGGGGAGCUUAAAAUUCUGAGAAGCAGCUGCUGAGAAGCUAGCUGGUGAGAAUCUUCUGUCUUCUAGUUCAUUUUUCAGAUUCUACAACUACAGAUUCUCCGAAUUUGGGUAAAAAGCUGGAUUGUUUGGGGGGAGCUUCUAGCAACUGAAGAUUCUAGGAGAAGCUGCAGCUGCUAGAAGCUCCCCCAAACAGGCUCUUAGUUACUUUUGUGAAAAAAUGGUACCAUGGUGUACGACUGCCUUCAGUAGUUCGAUGGAAACAAUAUCUUUUAUGUUCUUUAAACCGUGCAGUGCAGUAUGUUGUGCGAAAAAUCGCUAAUUCUUUUUCUUCGUGUUUUUCAAACUCACUGCUAGAAAAAGCAUUUUUUUGAUGUGGGGGUAUUUUUUUCGCAGGCGGCGCAGGCGGACAUGACCUUUGGAAUCAAAUGACCGCCUAUAAAAAUAUAAAUUGUGGUGAAGUUCGCUGUCCGUCUGCGAAAAUCUAUUUUCGCAGGCGGACCACUUAAGCUACGCCUGCAAAAAUCAUUUUCGCAGGCGGAUCACUUAAGCGGUCCGCCUGCAAAAAUUGUACCUACCAAAAAAAUGCAUAUCCUUAUCUCCUCCCACCCCUUCCCACCACUCAUUUUUCUCUCUCCCUCAACACUUCUCUCACCGUCCUCUCCCCUCCCCUCACCUCUCCUCCUCAACCCGGCCGCCGGCCGAAGGUGGCGGUGGCAACGUGUGCUCCCGGCGGCGGUGGUGGCGGUGGCAACGGCGGGCGAUGGCGGCGGAGGGCGGCAGCGGCGAGGAGGGUUGAGGCGGUGUAGCUCCAAGCCCCUCCCUCCUAGAUCUGGCCGGAGGGGGGCGGUGGGAGCGGUGGUCGGCGGCUCCCGGCCCCUCCCUCCUAGAUCUGGCCGGAGGGGGGCGGGGGGAGGGCAGUAGCCGACGGAGCUCCCCUCCCUCUCUCAUCAGAUAUGGCGGCGGCGGCGGCUCUCGGCCCCUCUCUCCGAGAUCUGGCCACAGGGGAGCGGGGGGAGGGCGAUGGCCGGUGGUGCGGACGACGGUGGGGCGUGAUCGUGUGGCGGCGAUGGCAUGGCGCGACCGUGAGGCAGCGGCGGCGGACGACGGCUCCCGGCCCCUCCCUCCCUCCCGGCGGCGGCGGGCCACGUCGUGAGGUAGUGGCGGCAGAUGAUGGCUCCCGGCCCCUCCCUCCCUCCCGGCGAUGUGGGAGUUUUUGCCGAUGAAGAUGGAUGAGCUAUAUGUAUAAAGUGAUUUUAGGAAUGAUUUUACAUGUGAUUUUGUUUGCUUUCUUUGCUUGAAUUGAUUCUUGUGAAACUGAAA